AUGGCGUCCGUCCACUCUCUCUUCCUCCGUCCUCCGAUCGUCUCCUUCCGGCGACCUAGUCACUGCUAUCGCUUCUCUAGGCCUCGAAGUCCCCGUUUUACCGUCGCCUGCUCUUUUUCACGGAAAUCGGCGCCGGCGACGGAGCAGGAGAUCCUCCAGGCGAUUUCCGAGUCCUCGGAGAAGAGCCUGCCGUGCGUGAGGACUUACGAGAACGACUUGGCGCGGCUGGGAUUGGUCGGAGCCGUGGAUUUUCAGCAGGCUCUGACGGCGGCCGCCGCCGACGGUGGAGUGGCGGCCGACGAGCAUAUUAGGGAGGGCGUGCCUGCUAUGGUCGUGGAGACUUUUGUUCCGGGUAAUUCGGACCCGGACAGCACAAUCUCGACCCGGCUGUUUCUUCCUGCUAGAAAAGUUAAAGAAAAAGCUGCUAAACUGAGAAGCUCCUUCCCUAGAGAUAUGCUGGCAACCACAAAUUCUAAAAACAUAUUGUCUAUGACAUUUAGACAAGUAGUGUUAGAACUGCUCUGGAACUUUCAACUAGUUGUUUUCAGACCUGGAACUCAAAGGAAUAUGAAAGAUCUCCAGACCCCGAGAGAGGUUCCUGCAUCUGUCACCCUAAGUUCAUCAGAUGAAAGGAUUUUAUCUGUGCUCGCAGAAGUUGUCUGCAUCUCUGCUCUUCAAAACACGGAGAAACAAUUUCUUGAAGAUUACACGGGCAAUACACCGAGUAAUUUUCUUCAUUGGUUUCAGAAGUCUAAACAGACUGUAUCGAAAGAUUCCUCUGUUAUCAUAUACAAAUUAUUUGAAGACGAGAUAGUUGAAAAUGCCAAGAGUCUGCUAGAACAUUUUAAUUCCACGAAGAACAGUUUUAAGUCUGUAAAAGCAAAAUCAAAGUGGUGGACACCAUCUGCACUCUCUAAACUGGAAAAGAUUGGCGGUCCGGGAUUUAGUUCUUGGACUAGUGAGUAUGUUCCCGCUUACAAGCUACAAAUUGAUGCUAAUCGGUAUAAAUAUGUGAAAUUUGAAGGCUGGAGAAAGUGUGGAGAAAAUAGUUGGGAAGUUCUUUUGACACACUCCCAGAUGGUUGGAUUGGCUGAUAUAGUAGAUUUGUACUUUGAAGAUCUUUACACCCUGCCUGAUAAGGAACUAUCUUGCGGUGUUUUUGCAAGUUCCACAAACUUAUCCAAUAAAAAGAAGGGCUCUUUCUUGAAGAAAUUGCUUUCUGUCUCCCUUGCAAGUGGAAUUCUUCUUGUCACAGUCAGUGCUAUUGGUCAAUUUGGUUUACCUUCUCCACAUAAAGGUGGAAAGUACUUGAGAGAAAACAUGUCCAUUCCAUCAUCUGAAGUGGAUAGCACACUAAAUCAGUGUUCAGAUGCUAUGAAGUUGGAAGCCUUUUGCGAAUCCGUUGUUAAAAAGAUAAAAGAUUCUCUGGGUUGGCCAGGUGAGAUAACACUGGAAAGAAAUGUGGGUGCUUGGACCGGCAAAUUACCAGAUUAUUUGAGGAUGGCUGUUGAAGAUCAUUCCAACAGUGAAGACGUGUCAACUAACUCUACCCCUUUAGAUAUAAUUGAUGAAGACUUGAAAGCAUCGGCACAAGAUAUUGCUAGUUAUCAGGUGGUUCUGUCAGCAGAUGGCAAGAUAGUGGGAUUCCAACCUCUAAGCAGGGCUGCUGUUAACCAUUGGGCUGCGAAUCCCUUAUCAAAGGAGUUAUAUGGAGGCAAAAAGCUUUCUCCGGGCUUUAUGGAACCCGGUCUCAAGGUCCAGUGUCCAGAUGAGGUUGCUGUCUUAGAGUUGCUGAUGUCAGUAAAACCAGAUUCAUCUUUUGCCUUGGCUCGGCCAGUUCGAUAGUCGUUUGUCUGUUGAUUGCAUUAGGAGGAUGUGAAUGCAC